AAUGGUAAUCAGUGUCACCCCGGCAGCGCGGAAGGGAAGACAGAGCAGUAUUUUCUGUCGCCUCUAGCCGUUCUCCCUCUCUCACACUACUGGACUUGUGAAUUCUCGACUUAGUGACUGAACUAUCUUCGCAAUAUCAAAACUCUGAAUUCGAAAACGUUCGCGCUAUAAUUACUCGUGCUUUACAAUACCUGGAAAUAUAAUAAUCGCGCUGGGAACGAACCGUGGCUGAAUUUCGCGAGGAUCGUCGCUUUUAUAUACAUAUUCCCCGAAUCUAAAUUGGAUUAAAGUGAACUCCACAGAAAAUCAAAUAUAAUCUAUUUUUCUCCUACAAUCUAUUUUUUAAAAAAUGUGAUCGCUUGGCAAUACCACCGAAAUCCAAAAAUAAUAAUAAUAAUAAUAAAUCAGACAUCAAAAUCAAAAUAGCAACGCCAAUCACACCAUAAUUUAAGAAUCCACCAACUAAGGAGAGAGAGAGAGAAAAAAAAUCAAAAAUCAAAAAAAAAUUAAAAACCAGGGAGAAAUCAAACCCCCCCCCCCCUCCCCUCAAAAAAAUAAUAAUAAUAGAUAAAAAAAAAUCUCCUAGACUCCCCUCAUCCUCCUCCCCACACUCAAAAUAAAACAAAAUAAUCCAACAGAGAGAAUAAACCUCCCCCCCCCACCCCCCAAAUAAUAAAAAAAAGGAAAAAAAAAUUAGCAUUUCCAAACCACACCGAUCUCCUCCUCCUCCUUCCCGCCCGUUGCCUCUGGGAUUGCGAAGGAAGACUGCACGAGGAUUAAAAACAUGGAUUACCAGCUGAUCGAAGGAGUUUAAGGAGGCGAGCAUGACACACAGGGAUUGGGGGCUAGUCCAGCCUAAUCGAGAGAUUAAGUGAGACCUGAAUCUAAUUUGGCGUGUGAGCAAGUUUCAGCCGCGAUGAGGGAGCAGAAAGGGUCAUUACGGACUUCCUUGUGGGCGUGGGUCGUCAUAUGGGCGCUCAUCCCCCCAUGGGUGUGUGGCGGGGGCAUUAAAGGAGAACCCCGCGUGACGGAGCGAUGGGAGGCGAGGAAGGUGGUUCGCCAAGGGGACAUCGUCAAGCUUCCCUGCCCCAUCACAGCUAACCCGGAUCCGUUUUACGAGUGGUUUAAGGACCGCGAGGAAGUCCGGGCGAGCUGGCAGCGUUACAACACCAAGAAUCACAUCUUAAGAAUCAAAACGGCGAAGGUGGAAGACUCAGGAACCUACACCUGUUUGGGAGUAAACGGUUUCGGACAGGUGAACGUGUCAAUGCACCUGAUCGUCUUAGGGUCAGACGAGCCCCCGGGGAACGUGCAGGUGCCCAUCCUGACGGAGGUGGAUCCCAAGGGCAACAUCCAGCGCCGCCAGGGGGAGUCUGUGACCCUCACCUGCCGCGCCAAGGGGCUGCCCACGCCGACGGUCACGUGGCAUAAGGACGGACUCGACCUAGGCAAGAUCGGGCAACAGAUGAGUUUCAACAGCCUCUUGUCCACUGACUCCGGCCUCUACACGUGCAAGGCAAUCUCGGCGCUCGGGGAGACUUCAGCAAACUUCUCCAUACACGUCGGGGAACCCAAAGAAGAACAAGAGCUGGAGAUCAGCGAUGCGGUCAAUACAACAGUUGUGGAAGGGGGGAGUACAGCUCUUCAGUGUACUGUCCGCACUUCGCAUCAGCCUACUAUACUGUGGCUGAAGGAGAUCCCCCCCGACACCGUGGCCGCCAAUGCCAGCGGCGCCUCCGCCGACGGGCGCCACCACGUGUACCAGCUGGGCGAGCGGCCCUUCAAGCGCGUGGAGGGCGCGGGCGCCGUAGUGGCCAAGGGCGACCGCAUCUACCUGUCCAAAAUGACCAUCAGCAACGCCACGCCCAGCCACGCCGGCGUCUACGCCUGCCUCGGCCUCAACACGCUCGGCUACUCGUACAAGGAAGCCCACCUCACCGUGCUGCACAAGGAGGCCGGCAUACAGACGCCCCCCGUAAGCUCGAAGGACAGGAACAUUAACUGGCUGUUCUUCAUCAUCCCUGCCAUCGUCAUCAUAGUCGUGGUCGUGGCUGUUAUCGUAUGCCAGCUAAGGAAAGCCGCCCCCGAUAAGCCCGUGGGAGGAACGCCGCCCACGCCCGUGCUGAAGGGCGAUGACCCCUCUGCCCUGGCGCCCCUCAACCCUGACACCCACGGGCAUAGCUUGACGUCACGCCCACCUGACCUCGUCUACCAGGAGGUCAGCGGCUACGCCCCGAGCAGCCUGCGCGGCGCCCCCCCUCACGGCUCCCACUACGGCGAGCAGUACCCGAGUCCUUACCCGGACUCGUACGUGGACCCGGCUUACUCGGACCCUUACUCAGGGGACAGGGGACCGACCCGAACCUCCGACCACAGCUACGCCCGACUCACCCACCCUUCCCACCCUUCCCACCCUUCCCUCGCCUCCCACAAUUCCCACAAUUCGCACGCCUCUUCCAGCCCACACCUCCCGCCGCCUUACGCCCACGCUCACCCCCACGCCCACACCCACUCGCACGCCCAUACGCAUAGACAUCCGCAGUAUUUCGUUCAUUAUAAUUUAUAAGGUGACUUUUUUUUUUUUUUUUUUGGUCCUAUGGAUCAGAAGAGAGAAUCCUUUUUUUUUUUUUUUUUUUUUUUUUUUUUAUGUGUAUAUAGAAAGGAUAUUGGGAUAACCCAACAUGGCGGAUUUUGUGUGUGUGUGUGUGUGUGUGUGUGUGUGUGUGUGUGUGUGUGUGUGUGUGUGUGUGUGUGUGUGUGUGUGUGUGUGUGUGUGUGUGUGUGUCUGUGUGUGUGUGUUUGUAAAUAUCAAAUCACCCUUUGGGCAUUGGCGAGGGGGGGGGGUAGGAGGCAAAGAGGCAGAUAAUUGUCUAUUUGGUAAAGAGUUUGGAGAGAAAAAAAACUCAGACUUUUUAAGUGUUAAUAAAAAAAGUCGUUUUCCCGUGAGAAAGAGAAAUGAAAAAGGUGUUUGAUUAUCAUCUCUCUCCUCUCUCUCUCUCUCUCUCUCUCUCUCUCUCUCUCUCUCUCUCUCUCUCUCUCUCUCUCUCUCUCUCUCUCUCUCUCUCUCUUUAGAGGAGAGAGAAUAAAGAGAGAAUAAAGAAAGAGAGCUAGAAAGAGAGAAGAGUGAAAAAAAGGAGAAAAGAGAAGAGAGAGCUGAAGGACAGACAGACAAACAGAAAAGGAGAGAGAGAAAAGGAGUAUGAUUAAGGAAAAAGUGAGAUUAAAAAAAGAAAUGUUUUGAUAAGAACAAGGACAAAUAGAGACGCGACAGUAUUGUUUGUUUUCGAAAUUGUCUGAUGAAGGAAAAUAAUGACAAUAAGGGAAAAAAUAUAUAUAGAAAGUUUUUUUUUAUCUCAUGUGCUCUAAAAAAAAAAAAAAAGUUUGCAGUGUCUUUUGUUACAAGUAAAAGCAAUUAAAAGCAAACUUACAAGAACAGCAAAGUGAUAAAAGAGUACUAGAUAAGAAAAAAAUAAUAAUAAUCACAACAUGAAAGAAAAUUUGUAAAGACAUUUACGAGGAGGUGCAUUUGACAGUGAAGAAGUGCAUUCGACAGUCCAGAGGUGCAUUCGACGAGCGACUAAUUUUUCCCCGUCGUGUCACAAGGAGAUUCAGAAAGUCUUCCAUUUACGAGACAGAAAUAAAAAAGAAAAAGAUCCAGAGAGAGAAAUAAAUAUAUUCUUUCUCUCCUCUUAAAACUCUCGGAUCACAGGAAGAUCAUCGAGUGUUGGAAGAAAAGACAAGAGAGAUAAUUAACAGUGAUAAAAAAGGAGGUUGUUUGUGUUGGUAUUUCGAGAUUGUCAAAAGAGACAAUCAUUCUUACGUUACUGAUUAGUGUACGAAUAUUUUUUUUUUUUUUUAUUAUUAUUAUUAUUAUUGUUGUUGUUAUUGUUGUUAUUAUUUAGCUUGUGUUGAAGGCAAUGUGAAUGAAAAAAAAGACAAAAAUGAACAAUUAUCAAAACAACGUGAUCGUGGGAUGCGUUUCAUCCUCCAUUUUGUCCCGCCUUCGUUUUCUUUAGCUUAUUCUUCUGUUUCUUUUUCGUUUCACGAUUUUUUUUUUUAAUAUUAUUUCUUAAGUCACGUGACUCUAUGCUUGUAAUGAUAGCUUACAGCCAAAACGAGGAUGCCAAAGUUAAGAUUUUUUUUUCUUGCGUGUGUGUGAAAUAAAAACACUAAAGAUAAGUUUGUGGAUUUCGAGUUUUUGAAAAUGGAAAAAAGAGAGAGAGAGAGAAAGACAAAGACUAUUGUUAUUAUUCUAUCUCUUUCCUCUUUUCGAAACUCAAAGAGGAAAGAGGAGGGAAAAAAAAA